AAAAUGCAAGGACCGGAGCCAACUUCUUCCAUAUAAUCCCACCUGCUUUUCUUUCUGGAUGUGUUCCCAGAUAUGGCUACUGCUGGCAGUGUGCUCACUGAAGAGCAGCUUCUUUGCCCCAUCUGUCUGGAUUUGUUCAACCAACCAGUCUCCACUCCUUGUGGGCACAACUUCUGCAGGGACUGCAUACAAGGAUACUGGCAGAGCGCUAAUCUGUCGCAAUGCCCCAUGUGCAAGCAAAAGUUCUGCAGGAGGCCGGAGCUCAAAGUUAACACCUUCAUAUCAGAGGUGGCUUCUCGGUUCAAGAAUUCAUUGAAAAAUAAAGACGGAAAUGAAGCCAGUACCGUGGCCCAAUAUUCAGGCCAUAAAGAUGUUGUUUUGUGUGAUGUGUGCGUUGGAAAAGGAGUCAAGGCUCUUAAAUCAUGCCUGGACUGUUUGGCCUCCUUCUGUGAGACUCACCUGGAGCCCCAUCGUGUUCUAGGCACUUUUAAGAACCACCACCUGAUCAACCCCAUGAUGAACAUGCAAGACAGAGUGUGUGAGAAGCACGAAAAACUCCUGCACCGGUUUUGUAAAACUGACCAGACGUAUGUGUGUCAGAUCUGCAUUAAGGGAGACCACAAUGCUCAUCACACUGUACCUAUAGAGGAUGAGAGCAGAGACAGGAAAGCUCAAAUUGGAAGGAUAAAUGCAGAGGUGGAAGAAAUGAUCCACGGCCGGCUCGAGAAAAUCAGCAAAAUCAAUCAAACCGUUGAGCUCAGCAGAGAAAACACCGAAAGAGAGAUUGAGGAGAGUUUGCAAGUCUUCAACAAUCUGCUCCACUUUGUCCAGAGAGGUCAAGCUGAGGUGGUGGAGCUGAUUCGUGCAAAGCAGAGGCAAGUUGAAGGCAGGGCCAGGGGACUCAUCAUGGAGCUGGAGCAGGAGAUCGAUGAGCUGGGGCGGAGAAACGCUGAGCUGGAGCAGCUCUCCCACACCGAAGACAACCUCUACCUUAUCUGGAGCUUUUCAGCUUUCUCCACACUGCCAGCAACCAAAGACUGGUCUGACACCUGCGUCGAGAGUGUUGUGUAUGUGGGCACGGUGAGGAGAGCAGUCAGGAGAGUAGCGUGUCAGCUGGAGGAGAUAGUAAAGGCUGAGGUGAAGAGGCUAUGUAAGACUGAAUUUCAGAGGGCUCAGCAGUGUGCUGUGGAUGUGACUCUGGACCCUGAUACAGCUCAUCCCAAACUGAUGCUGUCUGAAAACAAAAAACAAGUCUAUCAUGGUGAUGUAGCGCUGAACCUCCCCGACAACCCAGAGAGAUUUUAUCCCGGUGUCAGUGUUUUGGGAAAGGAGGGUUUCUCCUCUGGAAGGUUGUACUUUGAGGUCCAGGUGAAAGGUAAGACAGAGUGGGAUAUUGGAGUUGGGCUUCAAUCCAUCAAGAGAAAAGGAGGGAAUACACUAAACCCUGAAACAGGCUACUGGGCCAUGGGGAUGAGAAAGGACAAAAGCUACUGGGCCCUCAGCAGCACUCCUACCCAUUUGCCGCUGGUCGGGAAGCCCCAGAGACUCGGGGUGUACGUAGAUUUAGAGUGGGGGCAGGUUUCUUUUUACGAUGUGGACUCUGCUUCACAUAUCUACUCGUUCACUGGAUACUCAUUCAAUGAAAGACUGUUCCCCUACUUUAACCCUCGGCGUAAUCAUGGCGGAGUCAACUCUGCUCCUCUGAUCAUCUUGCCUGUCAACGCCUGAAAUCUGGCUUUUCAUCUCUUCCC